UUAAGGCGGGGCUGGAUGCCAGUCGCGUCCAAUGGCGCGUGGGGUUAAGGUUGAAAGGUGGAAUGUGGCGCUAGGCCGUGGCGCUGGUUCUCUUCAGCGCGUGUGCUGGGCUGCCUACCCGUCAUGGAGACAGUCUUGACUGAGGAGCUUGAUGAAGAGGAACAGCUGGUGAGACGGCAUCGCAAAGAGAAGAAGGAGCUGCAAGCCAAAAUACAGAGUAUGAAGAAUGCUGUUCCCAGGAAUGACAAAAAGAGGAGGAAGCAACUUACAGAAGAUGUUGCUAAGUUAGAAGCAGAAAUGGAACAGAAACAUAGAGAGGAGCUGGAUCAGUUGAAGUUGACUUCUAAAGAGAGUAAAAUAGAUUCUGUUGCUGUUAAUAUUUCAAACUUGGUUCUUGAGAAUCAGCCACUUCGGAUAUCAAAAGCACAAAAGAGACGGGACAAAAAGGCUGCAUUGGAAAAGGAGCGGGAAGAAAGGAUAGCCGAAGCUGAAAUUGAAAACUUAACUGGAGCUAGACAUGUAGAAAGUGAAAAACUUGCUCAAAUAUUGGCAGCUAGACAGUUGGAAAUUAAACAGAUUCCAUCUGAUGGGCACUGUAUGUAUAGAGCCAUUGAAGAUCAGCUGAAAGAGCAGAACGGCGUUCUGACUGUGGCUGCCUUAAGAUGUCAGACUGCUAACUAUAUGCAGAGUCAUGUGGAAGACUUUCUGCCAUUUUUAACAAAUCCUAAUACAGGAGAAAUGUAUACUCCAGAAGAGUUUGGAAAGUAUUGUGAUGAUAUUGUAAACACAGCUGCUUGGGGGGGUCAACUUGAGCUAAGAGCCCUGUCUCACAUUUUACGAACACCAAUAGAGAUAAUACAGGCAGAUUCUCCUCCUAUAGUAGUUGGUGAAGAAUAUCCAGAAGAUCCAUUAAUACUUGUUUAUAUGAGACAUGCAUAUGGCUUAGGAGAACACUACAAUUCUGUUACACGGUUGGUGAACACAGCUACUGAAAAUUGCAGCUAGUCUAUAAAAUGUUGCUAUUAUGUCAGUGUGCUGAUCUGAGUAUUAAUACCAAGUAUUGGAUUAUUCUCAGUGUUUCUGAAAAAACACAGCUACCUUAAAUCAGUUUUAUGGCAAAGCUACUAAUAGGUUUUAAAAAAACGUGUCCGAGAGAAACUUCAACCAGUGUCCCCUUAAUGGUGUUUUAAAAAACUCAUGUAAGUUCUUUGUGGAGAAUAUCAUUUAUAGACCAAGAUGGUACCCUGAUUGUUGAUAUUUUUAUUAAAUAUAAGAUUCUGAACGUUCUAUUCUGUGUUGAAGUUGUUAAAAAAUUUUUUUUUCUCCUUAUUACCGAAAGCUUUCAGUAACCAUAUCAAUGUAAUUUUUCAUGGAGAAGUGAAAUGACUCAGUCUCUUUGACAUUGCAAUCAUGUGAUGGUGAUAACAGAUUUAAUUAAUGUGUAUAAAUAAUUUGAUUGCAGUAACAUUGCUGUUGAUGGGAUUAAUGCUGUGACUUUUUUUAACAUUUAUUUUUAAUUGGAGGAUAAUUGCUUUAGAACCUUGUGUUGGUUUCUGCCAUGUAACAACAUGAAUCAGCCCUAAGUAUACAUAUAUCCCUUCCCUCUGGAACCUCCCUCCCAUCGCUGCCCUUCCCACCCCUUGAGGUUGAUGCUGUGACAUUUAUGUAACCCCAUCAAAGUGCAGCUAAGAAGGUUGCUUUAAUAAAAAUAAAAAUAAGUCUUUUAUUUGUAUAUAACUUUAAAA